UUUAACUUCUGAAGUCUCAUUAGAGGGGAAAGUUUGAAGUAGAGCUGCAGUACAGUAAAAUGUCUUGUCUCGUGUCUCACUCCUCACUGUUAUAACAUUAUUUUUAUUUGUUGGUGGUGUUGUCAAUUUGAGUUGCUUAAAGGAUUCGAGUUUUUUUAAACCCCAAAAUCUGUCCGGGAGAAGAGGACAAAAGUAAAAGAGGAACUUGUGGAAGUAUUUCUCUCCUUCGCAACAAGCAUCCUUCUGUUUGGACUUUCACAACGUCUCUUUCUUGAAAUGGUCGGACGGUUAAACUUGCCAAAUGUUUGCGAAGAGGAUCCCCUGGGUAUGAGCUGCACGGCAGACAGAGGUCUCGACAGCCCGGACUCCGGGUUACCGCCGAGCCCGAGUCCCAGCGCCUGGCUACUGCCUCAGGACAAAGCCCGGGGAGUGAGCCCGGUGCCGGAAGAUGAUGGAAGCACCUCCACGGUUUCAGUUUUUCCCUCUGGUCACUUGUUGCAGCCUUUGUCAUAUGGGGAAGGCAUAGCGUUCGAUCCUUUACCUGCUGAAGAAGUAAGAUACACUUCAUCAGUGCACUAUGAGUCCGACCGCCACUUCAUCCAGAACGUGGCCCUUCAGCCAUGGGGUCAAGCCCUGGAGCACUGCACACAGACCAUCACCGCCGUGUCCCACAGCACCUGGCGCCAUUAUAAGACACAGCUCGAUUUCCAGCCCCGCCAUCGGCCGCAGAGCUUCAAGAGCACCACCAUCAUCUACCCCAAGAAAACGAGUGCCGUGUACGCCACGGAGCUGAGCUACGACAGCCGCCGACGAGCCCGGCGUUUCCUCUCCAGAGUGGAGUUGGAGGUGGUAGGCCGCAAGAAGCUACCUCAGUAAGAGCGGAGGCGAGCAUUUCUAUAUUGGUCCUGUACUGUAACUCUAUCAUGGCUGGCUGUCGAGAAACCUGCUGUGUUGUCUUUACAUUUGAGGAGCCAGUUAUCUGUUGUUUUGAUGGCAGUGAACCAGGAGCGCUUGUGAGGAGAUCUAAAGAUGUAAAGUAAAAAGGAUGUAAUAUCCUUGUAUUCCAUGCCUUUACGUCCCUGUCAACGGGUGAGUCAAUCUAUUAGAAAUGACCUUUUUAGUGAUUUCCAGCAACCUGCUAGUUUUUGUCUGAUGACCAAUGAAGGCUAAUUACUUGCCCUUUUUGAAGUCUCCGCAAAUUGGCCACGAAGGCAGCCAGGUUGUUUUUUAAUCAGAGGAAAAACUGAUGAGGCUGACAGCAAUUAAUUGAGGAACGGAAGAGCAGUUCACCGUGGUGCAGGACUUUUCAGGUUUUAUUCACUUAAACUAACCGCACAAUGCAGCGUAUGUGGUGAAAAUACUGUACACUUGUUUUGGCAAUGCAUGAUACUUCUGCAUGAAAUAAGCUCUUCCCAGCCUCCUUUCUCGCCAACUGCUGCAAUUCCCUCGAGUAUUAUAUUAAUAUCGGUGGAUUAAAGUGACUGUUCAGUAUGCUUUUGCAGACUUAUGAAGGUGAGAUAGAUUGAACAUGUGGGGAUUUUUCUACACUGAGAACUAUUUUUGAUAUCACUUAGUGGAAAAAAAGUGGCGUUCCACUUCACAUCCUAUUGGUUUUAAGUGACCGUAUUUAUUCCUGUGAUUCUUUUAGAUGUCAGAUAUUUAUCAGUGCAUAAGUUCACAGUGUCAGUAGAUAUAUUUGCAAUAUUUUUUGUCCCACUCAUGUUUUUUUUAUAUUGGUGACUCACUGAUGGCCAAUUUGAAAUAAAAUCAUUGGACUUCG